AUGACGGCGCCGAGCGUGAGCAACGGCACGACGCGUUCGCUGAUUUGGUUUCGCAAAGCGCUGCGCGUCCACGAUAAUCCCGCUCUCGCCGCGGGCAUCGCGCGCGCGAAGAGCGCGCAACCGGUGUUCGUGCUCGAUCCGUGGUUCUGUAAGCCCUCGCGGGUGGGGGCGAAUCGCAUGCGGUUCUUGUUGCAAUCGCUGCGCGACUUGGACGCGACGCUGCGAGAACGCGGCAGUUCGCUGCUGGUGCUGCACGGCGAACCGCGAGUGGUGUUGCCGCGAGCGUGCAAGACGUGGAAGGUUGAUUUGGUGACGUGGGAACACGAUAUCGAACCGUAUGCGAAAAUGAGAGACACCGCGGUGCGAGGCGCGCUGGAGCGCGCGGGAGUAGAGUGCGCGUCGUCGAGCGGACACACGCUGUACGACGUGGAGGAGAUGUUGGCGAAGUGUCAUGGGAAACCACCGACGACGUAUUCGCAGUUUUUGAAGAUUGUAGAUAAAAUGGGUGCACCUGCGGCCGCUUUGGAUGCGCCGAAGGCGAUGCCGGCGCCGUUCACGGGGACAGCAGAGGAGACGAAGGAAUUAGUCGCGGGAGUGGCGGAUGCGUACGGGAUCCCCACUUUGGAGGAGCUCGGUUACGAAGCCAUGCAUGACGACGAAGGUUUUCAAGCGAUCGGAGGUGAAACCGAAGGCUUGAGACGUCUACGCAGACAACUGUCGCGCACGGAAUGGGUGCACACGUUUCAAAAGCCAGAUACAAAUCCCACGACGCUUUUUCAUGCCUUGGGCGCGAAAAAGCCAAAGCCAAAGAGUCCGUUCGAAAUCGCAGCGCGAGACGCGGGAAGCAAAAAUGACGCAACAAACACUGCAGCGAAUAGUGAUAUGCUGAUGACACCGUCCACGACAGCGCUGAGUCCGUACAUGAAAUUCGGUUGCGUGUCGCCGCGAGUGUUUUAUCACGAGCUCAACGCCGUGCUCGCAAAGUUUGAGGGCAAAGGUCAACCUUCGCAACCGCCGGUGAGUCUCAUGGGACAACUGAUGUGGCGCGAAUUCUACUAUCUCGUCGGCGCGGGGACGCCGAAUUUCGAUAAGAUGGAAGGAAAUCCAAUCUGCAGGCAAAUUCCUUGGAACAAGGAUCGUGAGCUCUUCGCGGCUUGGGAGAACGCGCAAACCGGGUUCCCUUGGAUCGACGCCGCGAUGACCCAGCUUCGCCUCGAGGGAUGGAUCCAUCACUUGGCUCGACACGCCGUGGCGUGCUUCCUGACCCGUGGUGAUCUAUUCGUGCACUGGGAGUGGGGCAGAGACACGUUCGAUCGCGACCUCGUCGACGCCGAUUGGGCGCUGAACAACGGCAACUGGAUGUGGCUCUCGUGUUCGUGUUUCUUUUACCAAUAUUUCCGAGUGUACGGUCCGCACUCGUUCGCGAAAAAGUACGACAAGGACGGCGCGUACGUCAAGCACUACCUCCCCGUGCUGAAGAAUAUGCCCGCCAAGUACGUGUACGAACCUUGGCUCGCCCCUCUCGACGUGCAGAAGAAAGCCGGUUGCGUCGUCGGCGUCGAUUAUCCCGCUCCGAUCGUCGACCACGCCACGGCGAGCAAGGCGUGCAUAGAUAAGAUCGCCACCGCUUACGCCGCUCACAAGGACGCCACCGCGGUGGCUGGGAAGAAGCGUAAAGCCGGCGAAUAAACUCGUUGAUUCGUUAAUUUAAAAAGCCUCUCGCGCGCGGCGUCCACCACA